UCAAGUAGCAAUAGAUGGGAACUGUAUGUAUUCUUAGUUUGUUUUGUGAUUGGCGCACUGUAUGAAAACUGACUUCUCUAUUUACAUAGUCAUGUCAAGUUGAUGAAAUCGUUUCUGACAAAUAAAGAUCCUACAGAUGGCUAUGGGCAUAAUGAUUACGAUCAUCGCUUCUUCUACGUUGACAAUGGAAAAUGCUAUUACGUUUGUGGGUUAGCACGGGAUUGCAUGGCAAAUUACCUUUAUGGAAAGGACAGAAUGGAAGUAUUCAUAGACAUAAAUUGGAUUAAGUCAUUCAAGAACAAUCCAUCGGUAAAGGGAUUGCAUUGCUAGCAUUUGUAAGAACGGAAUUAUGGCAAAUUCAAUAAGAUUUAAGGUCGAUAGUCAUCAGUUUUUUUCUGGUGUAGAAGAUAUUAAUUUUUCUUUGAGUGAGGGGGCAUGUACAUUUUAUUUGCCACGUAAAUGGAACCAAAAGUCAAUAGACGGAUUACUGGCCUUAUACAAGACAGGUAUGUUGUAUAUUGCACCAAUUCAGAUCACCCUUGAUAAGGAAGGACAUUCAGAUUCUGAAGGAGCUUUUUUUUCUGGGAUUUGGCCAGAAUUGAAAUCAAAUAUACCAAAAGAUAUACGUAAAAUACAUAAAGAAAUGCUUAGAAAGCGAAAUAUAUGACUAUUCCUCCGCGAGAUUACUCUAUGACUUUACCUUUUUUUUUUCAUUGCUUCUGUGCCUCUUCCAGUAACAUAUAACAUAACCUCUGCCUUGUCUUUCAUAUUUUCAUCUUAGUACGCAACAAAUAAGGGAUUCAAUAACUUGAACGAUGGUUUUUCAUCACUGUCUAGCAAAAUAUCAUUUUACAGCAUCUGUUAUUAUCCCCAUACAUUAUCUAUCGUAUUUGCUUUUGUGUUUGCGAGAUAGUGAAGACAAUCUGAACGGCGACCAUGCAAAGCUUCAUCUU